UUCUGCAAUACUCGUGUUUAUAUACAAGACUGAACUCAGGAAUUUUUCCAGAACUAAUUCCUAGGAAGAAAGAAAGAGAAUAAAAAAAAAAAAAAAACCGGAUCUUGAAUCUUGAAUCUUGGAUCUUGUUGGAUAUAUCUGGAAAAAUUGAAGUAUGGUUAGGGCAGGGUGUGUUGACGAGAGUGGAGUGAAGAGAGGGGCGUGGAGUGAGGAAGAAGACAACAAAUUGAGAGCUUAUGUUCUCAGAUAUGGCCACUGGAACUGGCGAUUGCUCCCCAAAUAUGCUGGGCUGAACCGGUGCGGGAAGAGCUGCAGACUGCGAUGGAUGAAUUAUCUGAAACCAGGCGUGAAGAGAGGCCAAUUCACCAUCGAAGAAGGAGAACUCGUCAGAAGACUUCACCAGGAACUCGGCAACAGGUGGUCCGCCAUUGCAGCAAAGCUUCCGGGAAGAACCGACAACGAGGUGAAGAACUACUGGCACACAAAUUUCAACAGGCGUAGAAAAAGAAGCAGAUGCGCUCGUAAAUCGUCAGACAAUAUAAUUGAGAGGAUGAAGACAAAUAAUCCGAUCCCUAUUUUAUUACAACAGACAGAAGAAUCAUCGUCGUCAGAUGAUCAUGUGUAUGUUUUGGAGUCGUCGUCGUCGUCGUCAUCGAGCGGCAGUAACUGUGGGGAUAUGAUGAUGAUCUGUGGCGGUGAGAUGCAAUCUGAGCCGUCGGAUUCUAAUUCUCUGGAGAGCACUGGUAGGAGUUUUUCUAUCUUCGAGGAGUCUUUCGUUGUGGAUACUUCUUACAACCAAGAAUUUGAUCUUCCCUUUUUGUUCGAUUAUGAUUAUGAUUACUAUUUUGGGGAUUAUAAUUAUGAUUAUAAUUAUAAUGUGGGUAAUGUGAUUAUGGGUUUUGAGGAUAUUAUUGAUAAUGAUGACAUCAAAUUGUUCUAGCCUGCAAGAAAUUGACAGGACUACGAUUACCAUUAAAAUAUGUAAAUGUAAAAAUA